AUGACCCAAGAAGCCAGCACAACAGAGCAAAGGGCAGAAACACCGCCCGCGAAGAAACGACGAACUUCCCCACCGCAAGAAUGUACAAUCCCCCCACUAGAAGUACCCCCCCGCAGCAUCCCCUUCGUGACCCGACCCUGGUGCGCCAUCAACGGGAGCAAAGGGACCCCUCUCCCUCGACACCACCGAAAAGAGAACCAGAGUCUCCUCUGGACGGUCCCAUUCGGCUACCGCCCCGAGGACGGGGCCUUCGUCGUCACCGACGAGCUGCUCCAGACCCAUCUGACGAGAUUGUAUGCCCAGAUCCACCGGUUUUGGGAACGGUACUCGUGUAGCCCCGAGGAGAUCACGCAGUUAGCGCCGUUGAAGAAACGCGCAAUUCUCCAGCAUCUGGAGUCCUCCUGUCGGUGUGGGGACUGGCCCUCCAUCCACAAACUGCUCAGCGCGAGGUCCUACGAGCGGUUUUUGAACAAGCUGCUGGAGACGGUGCUGGUGAAGCAGUGCUUUGAGAAGGUCAUCUCGAAUCCGUUCUUCUAUAUCACGCCGUCGGGGCCGGUUGGUGACGCUGGUAGUACAUCCUGGUCGUUUGGCAGGGAGCUUAAGGAUCUGUAUGAGAUGCUUUUGAGGGUGAAUCCAGCCAAGGCCCACAAAUGGCGACAGACUCUGACGCAUCUCCUGCAGGCGGACUAUCAUGGAGGAUCGGAUGAUUGGCGGGUGGCGUUCGCGGCCAGCGAGAGCUUAGAGGCGGCUUGUCAGAGCUUUGCGGAGAACAUGCUGGAGGAGUGUGAGGCGUUUUGCGUGCUCCUGCGAGAUCUUGCGGACAACAGCGAAGGCAUCGACCAGCGGUGCCGUGACCUGGUUGAGAUCUUUCGAGUCGCGGCAGAGCUGUCGGUGGGAUUUGCGGCAAGCAAGGACGGGUUCGUGUUCCAUCGGCAUCCGCUCAUCGAACGGUCAGUCUUGGUUGGAGAAGCUCAGGUGAGCGAUCGGGGAAAGUGUAGGGAGGAAUGGCGGCUGGCCAACGAACAAAGCUUUGAUUCGGAGGAAGAACUCGACCGACGGCUUGAUUGGCAUGUGCUGAUGUUCGGCGUGGGUGACUCGCACCUUACCCCAGUGUAUCAUGGCGAUUACCUUUUCGUGAAGGAAUAG